AUGAACCAACUGCCAAACCGUCCCACGCUUGGCUCCCACCUUGCGCAGAGAAGACCCAUCAUCAAUCUCUCCCAGAAUUUCCGAAGUUUAGCUUACGAUGGCUGCGAAAAGGCUUCGAUGGACAAGUCCGAGAUUCUUCCAUGGACUGAAUUCACAUUUGGCAACGUCUUGGAGGCAUACGGCGAUGUUCUAGAUUAUCCUGCAACCAGCAGCCCAUCGGGUGUGGUGCCAGUGCUCGAUUUCGAGAAUCAUUGCACUAUGGCACAUGCUUGUAUGGCGGAGUUCAUUGGACUCUCACCAACUAAUGACGCCAUCUGUUGGGGCAAAUACAUCAUCGGUUCCAGGUUGCGCACAAAACUGAUUCUGAGUUGUGUUGAAGCGACACAUAUGGGGAAGGUACUCCCUGAGCAUGCUCAAACUUUGGAUUUCGGCAACGAGGAUCACGUUUUUGUCUUCUAUAACGCACAACUACACAUCAAAAACCCCUUUCAUGCUACCGCCAUCGUCGUACCCUCCUGCACAUGGGAGUCAGGCUCCCUCAUCAACGCAAAUCGUGACAACCAACCCAACAUUGGUCCUAUCGAACAAUUGGCUGCCUGUGCCAAACAAACGAAUACUUGUUUCUCGUUUAUCCUGGGAGAUAGAGAGAUUGUCGCCCUGCAAUUCUUCAAGGCCAAAUCUGGGAAAAUGGGAGUGUACUAG